GGGGCCGCUCACAUGACAGUAUCACGUGAUAUUGAUCCCGUGACGUCUUCUUCGUUCUGACAGCUAAGCUGCAGCAGGUCCUGAUAUAGAAGAACAAAGAGCUUAAGAUGGAUAUCCGAGGGGCAGUGGAUGCUGCCGUCCCCACCAACAUCAUUGCAGCCAAAGCUGCAGAGGUCCGAGCAAACAAGGUCAACUGGAAGUCCUACCUCCAGGGCCAAAUGAUCUCAGCUGAGGACUGUGAGUUUAUUUCGAAGUUUGAGGUUGCCGAGUCUGAGGAUAAGCAAGAGAUUCUGACGAAAGAAGGACAUCAGUGUGCAAAGACCUUCCUCAACCUUAUGGCUCACAUAUCCAAAGAGCAAACAGUUCAGUACAUCUUGACCCUGAUUGAUGACACACUGCAGGAAAAUCAUCAGAGAGUGAAUAUCUUCUUUGAUUAUGCCAAGAAGACUAAGAAUACUGCCUGGUCAUAUUUUCUGCCAAUGCUGAACCGUCAGGACCUUUUUACUGUUCACAUGGCUGCGAGGAUCAUAGCCAAGCUGGCUGCCUGGGGACGUGACCUGAUGGAGGGAAGUGACCUGAACUACUACUUCAACUGGAUUAAGACCCACCUCAGCUCUCAGAAACUACAUGGUACAGGUGCUGAACCUGGAACAGGGACCAUCUCUCCCAGUGAAAGCUCCCAGUACGUCCAGUGUGUCGCCGGCUGCCUGCAGCUGAUGCUGAGAGUGAAUGAAUACAGAUUCGCCUGGGUGGAGGCUGACGGAGUCAACUGCAUCACGGCAGUGCUGAGCAAUAAGUGUGGCUUCCAGCUGCAGUAUCAGAUGAUCUUCUGCGUCUGGCUCCUGGCCUUCAGCCCUCAACUCUGCGAACAGCUGAGGCGUUACAACGUGGUACCUGCGCUCUCCGACAUCCUCCAGGAGUCCGUCAAAGAGAAGGUCACCCGCAUUAUCCUGGCUGCUUUCAGGAACCUGCUGGAGAAGUCAGCGGAGAGAGAGACGCGUCAGGAGUACGCUCUAGCCAUGAUCCAGUGCAAAGUGCUCAAACAGCUGGAGAAUCUGGACCAGCAGAAAUAUGAUGAUGAGGACAUCACCGAUGACAUCAAGCUCCUCCUGGAGAGAUUGGGAGAGAGUGUCCAGGACCUCAGCUCUUUCGAUGAGUACAGCUCUGAGCUGAAGUCUGGCCGGCUGGAGUGGAGUCCAGUACACAAAUCUGAAAAGUUCUGGAGGGAAAAUGCUGUUCGCCUCAAUGAAAAGAACUACGAGCUGCUCAAGAUACUGACCAGGUUGUUGGAGGUGUCUGAUGACCCCCAGGUUAUUGCUGUGGCGGCUCACGACGUUGGAGAAUAUGUGAGACAUUAUCCUCGCGGCAAGAGGGUGAUUGAGCAGCUGGGUGGUAAACAGCUAGUGAUGAACCACAUGCAUCAUGAAGAUCAGCUCGUCCGCUACAACGCCCUGCUGGCCGUCCAGAAGCUCAUGGUGCAUAACUGGGAGUACCUGGGAAAGCAACUACAGUCCACUGAGCAAUCGACUCCAGCUGUGGCUGCCCGGAGCUGAACUGGCCCUGUGCUUGUGUGUGUAUGAUGUAGUGUUUGUCUGUGUGAAUGUUUAUCUGUGCUACGUAAUGAAUAUUUCAAACAAAAAGCCAUUCGGCGAGUUGAUAAACUGUACCUCUUAUUUUUUGUUGUGCAUUGUUGUUGUGAAAUCACGUAAUCUAGAGUAUUAAGAAAUUGUAUUUAUGUCUUUAAAUGUAAAACAAUGAGUAUGCAUUCCAAUAAAGAGUCUUGUGCAACAAAUAA